AUGAUGUAUAAUAGUGAGUUUAUGAACAAAGCACCCGAUGAGGCUUGGGAUUAUUUUGAUCUCUUGGCCGAAAAUGCCCAAGUCUGGGACACCACAGAGAGGACUGAUAAGGCAAAACCUGAACCUAAUUCUAGGGGAGGUUUAUAUCACAUUAAAGCAUAUGAGGAUAUGAGUGCUCGUAUUGCUACAUUGACUAGGAAGGUGGAGGCCAUAGAGCUGAGCAAAGUGGAUGUGUUGCAUGAACAAGCCAAUGCGGCCAAUGCUUAUCAAAGACCAUUCAGUUCACCCUAUUCUGAGACGUAUAAUCCUAACUGGCAGAAUCACCCAAAUUUUAGUUUGAGAAAUGGCCAAUCUACAAAUGAACCUCAAGGAUCUUCUUCUCAUGCUCCUUAUGUGCCACCACAUAAGCAGACCUUAGAGGAGACAUUGAGUGGAAAUGUGGUUAAUAAAGAAAUCUCAACAAAAGUUUCACAAUCUAAGGGAGAUUUAGAAACCAAGGAAGAUGACAAGCCUAAUGAGGUUGAAGAUGUUGUGAAAAAAGUGUAUAAGCCUGUUGCCCCAUUUCCCCAAAAGUUGCUUGCACCUAAAAAGGGAACAGAAAAUCAAGAUAUUUUGGAAGUGUUCAAGCAAGUGAAAAUAAACAUUCCUUUGUUAGAUGCCAUCAAACAAAUUCCUUCAUAUGCAAAAUUUUUGAAAGAUUUUUGCACGAAAGAUCCUGGAUCACCAACUAUCUCAUGCAUCAUUGGCAAUUCUAAGAUUGAUAAAACAUUAAUGGAUUUAGAAGCAGGUGUAAAUCUACUACCCUACACAGUUUAUGAGCAGUUGGGUCUCAGGGAGUUAAAACCCACCAAAGUUGUUCUUCAACUUGCCGACCGAUCUGUUGUUAUACCGAGAGGGGUAGUAGAGGAUGUUUUGGUGCAAGUGGAUAAAUUUUACUUUCCUGUGGAUUUCAUUGUUUUAGAUACAAAGCAUGUUUCACCUUCUAGCACUGAUGUUCCUGUCAUUUUGGGACGACCAUUUUUGGCUACUUCUAAUGUUUUGAUCAAUUGCAGGAAUGGAAUCAUGAAGCUUACAUUUGGAAAUAUGACCGUUGAGUUGAACAUCUUCAACAAUUGUAAGCAACCAGUCAUUGAUGAUGAUGAAGGAAUUUUUUAG